CCAACCGAAGAGAAAGCAAAAGAAGAGUAAACGCGAUCAUGUUUAAAAUCGAGAGUUUGCCGAUUUGGAUAACUGUGCCACUCAGUCUGAUCAUUCUGGUGGUUAUUUUGGUGGCAGCGGCAUAUAUAUAUACAACAUGGACACAUACAAUCUUCAAGAAGAUGGGUAUCCCAGGUCCUACUCCUGGUCUAAUGGGUAUGUUACCACUCCAUGCUGAAAAGGGUAUAAUUGAGCUUGAUUUGGAAGUAACAAAGAAAUACGGUCCAGUUUCCGGUAUUUUCAUUGGACGUCUUCCCGCGAUGUUGAUAUCUGAUACGGGGCUGAUCAAACAGAUAUUUGUUCAGGAAUUUUCUAAUUUUGUUAACAGAAAUCAAUUUGUACCUAAUGUCAAUAUAAUGAAGAGGGCCGUCGCUAACGUUGAAGAUAAUGAAUGGAGAGCAAUGCGCAGUGUGAUUAGUCCAACAUUUAGUUCCGGUAAAAUGAGAGAUAUGUCUUCUCUCAUUAACAUGUGCGUUGGCAAUAUGGUGGAUAGUUUUGAUGAAAAGGUGGACCCCAUAAAAUCAGUGAAACUGGAUGAAAUAUGUCAAGCGUAUACUUUGGAUGUUAUUGCUGCCACGGCGUUUGGUAUCGAUGCCGAUUGCCAGAAACACCCAGAGUUUGAUUUCUUCGUCAAUGCUAAAAAAACGUUACAGUUUAAUUUUUCAGCACCUAUAAUUGUAUUGUGUUUGAUGUUUCCUAUAUUGACUGAUAUAUGUGAUUAUUUUAAUUUGGGUUAUAUGCCUAGAGACUGUGUAAAAUAUUUUACCGACACCGUUCAUCAUGCUAUACAGGAACGAAAACAAGAAACAUCGAACAAGCGAGAUCUUCUUCAACUGAUGCUGAAAACACAUAAAGAAAGCACUAAUGCAUCUGCUAAACAAAUGACAGAAGAUGAAAUCCUAGCCAACAGUUUAUUCUUUAUUAUGGCUGGUUUCGACACAACUUCAAUAACCCUAGGCUUCGCGUUGCAUUGUUUAGCCACCCACCCCGAGACCCAAGACAAAGCUUUUGAAGAGAUAACUCAGAAAAUCGGAAAGGAAGCCCCCAAUUAUGAUAAUUUAAAGAAUUUAACUUAUAUGGAUAUGAUUAUAUCUGAAACAAUGCGAAUGUAUCCGGCUGCCCCAAGGUUAAAUAGACGUGCCAACAAUGAUACCAAUAUAAAUGGUUAUAAUAUCCCUAAUGGUAUGAUCAUCCUUGUACCUAUAUAUACAAUCCACAGAGAUCCAACUCAUUGGGAAGAUCCUGAUAAAUUUGUCCCAGAAAGGUUUUCAGCUGAAAAUAAAGAUAAAAUAAACCCAUAUGCUUAUAUGCCGUUUGGCCUUGGUCCUCGAAAUUGCGUUGGUAUGCGUUUGGCUAAUCUAGUCACGAAGAUGGGGAUUGUGGCACUCUUACAGAACUUCCGGUUUAUUCAAUCACCAGAAACGGAGGUAACUCCUAAAUUAAGCAAAGGGGGCUUUGUUCGUCCAGAAAAUGGUAUUUAUUUAAGAAUAGAAAGGAGAAAUGUGUGAAUAUAAUCAAAUUUAGAUAUAUUAGGAUAAACAUAUUCUAAACACCCUAUUAACAUUAUAAAAUAUAUGCUACCAGAAAAUCAGUACCAUAGAAUAUAUCAAAUAGGGUGUUAUUAGAGUGAAAUUUUGUAAUAACUAUUUAUGUGACAGAAUUCACGCUGGAUUUUUUGUAACGUCAUUAUGCAUUAAAUUUGUGUUUAUUAAACACCUCAAUCAUAAAUGUUUUAAUAGUUUUAAUACUAAUUGUUAUUUGCAUGGGUUUGUGUAAAGGAUAUUCGUCUUAUUAGAUUUGCUUGUGUUAAAAGAAACGUUUUGACGCUCAAUAGAGAAAAUUUAUUUUUUCGGUUUUUUUGGUAGUUGACUGUUAAAUUUAUACAACAAUGAGACAUCCAACAACAUAUUUUCCAGGGGUAUCCUAUAUUAUUUCCAAAUUAAAGUGGUGGCUGGGAGGAGGGAGGGCACAAAGUUGGUCCCACCCAUGUCAAACUGUCUUUAGGUUAAUUAUAGGAACUAUGGUACAAUAGCAUUACCAAUUUGCCACGAUUUCUACAAUCAUAUAAAAUCAUCAGGAAAAAGUUCCUUGCACAAAUCCAGAUAAAACUUCAUUGAUAUGUUACAUGAUCUGGACUAAAGCAUUAAAUUCACAGUAGAAUCCAGCCAUUAAAUAACACUGAUGUGACUUGAUACAAUUAUUGUUAAUAUUUAUUAAAAUACUAAUGAUCUCCUAGUUGGAGUGAAGACGCUAGUUAAAUGUAGUAUUAUUAAUGAAUUAAGAUUAUAAAUAUAAACCUUAUAAAUAUACAAACUUUAAUGUUAUAAAUACGGUGUGCUUUAAUAUAUA